AAUUAUUUUCCAUUUCUAAACAUUCUAGUGUGCGUUUGUAUUACUGAUAACAGUGUGGUGUCGUGUUUUUUUUUUACCAUGGCUGAGGAAGAAGUCGAACACAACAAUGAUGAUUAUUCCAGCGAAACUAAAUUUGGAUUAAAGAUACGAGGUCGCAAAGGAGCCUUGAAAAAGAAGAAUGUCUACGUUGUCAAAGAUCAUAAAUUCAUGCCCAGAUUUUUCAAACAACCUACAUUUUGUAGUCAUUGCAAAGACUUUAUCUGGGGCUUUGGAAAACAAGGGUUUCAAUGCCAAGUUUGCAGUUUCGUAGUACAUAAACGUUGCCAUGAGUAUGUUUCCUUUACUUGUCCUGGUGCUGACAAAGGACCAGAUUCCGACGAUUCUAGAACGAAGCACAGAUUUAAAUCUCACACAUACGGUUCACCUACUUUCUGCGACCAUUGCGGCUCGCUGCUGUAUGGCGUUAUUCACCAAGGCAUGAAAUGUGAAGCAUGUGAUAUGAAUGUUCAUAAAAGAUGCCAAGAGAGUGUUCCAAAUUUAUGCGGUUGCGACCACACCGAAAGAAGAGGUAGAAUAGAACUGAAGAUAAAUUGCUCCUCCAAUAAGCUCAUUGUUGAAGUUCUACAAGCUAAAAAUCUGAUACCAAUGGACCCAAAUGGCGCUUCUGACCCAUACGUGAAAUUAAAACUAAUACCAGAUGCAGACAACAUUAAGAAGAAAACGAAAACAAUUAAAGCAUCUUUAAAUCCAGUUUGGAAUGAAACGAUUUCAUUCGAUUUGAGAUCAGAAGAUAAAGAUCGAAGAGUUCUAAUCGAAGUUUGGGAUUGGGAUCGAACAUCUCGUAAUGAUUUCAUGGGAUCAUUAUCAUUUGGUAUUUCUGAAUUAAUGAAGUCUCCGGUAUCUGGUUGGUUCAAGUUACUCACCCAAGAAGAAGGCGAAUUUUACAACGUUCCAGUUCCAGAAGAAGGAGCUGAUUUGGCAGCCUUGAAAAAUCAAAUGAGACAAAGCCGACAAUUUUCGAAAACUUCAGUUUCUAAAAAACCGGUGGUCUCGGAUAAAGACAUACCACAUAAUAUGGGGCGAAAAGAUGUUAUCAGAGCGACAGAUUUCAACUUUUUGAUGGUGUUGGGAAAAGGAAGUUUUGGAAAGGUUAUGCUUGCUGAACGAAAAGGUACCGAUGAAUUGUACGCGAUAAAAAUUUUGAAAAAAGAUAUAAUCAUACAAGACGACGAUGUGGAAUGUACGAUGGUGGAAAAAAGAGUGCUGGCAUUAUCGAAUAAACCCCCGUUUUUGGUCCAACUUCAUUCGUGCUUUCAAACUAUGGAUCGGUUGUAUUUCGUGAUGGAAUUUGUUAAUGGCGGUGAUUUGAUGUUUCAAAUACAACAAUUUGGAAAAUUCAAAGAACCCGUCGCUGUAUUUUACUCUGCCGAAAUAGCCAUCGGUUUAUUUUAUUUACAUGCCAAUGGAAUCCUAUACCGUGAUUUAAAAUUAGAUAACGUUAUGCUAGAUCAAGAUGGUCAUAUCAAAAUAGCCGAUUUUGGUAUGUGUAAAGAAGGUAUCAGUGGCGACAAAACUACCAAAACGUUUUGUGGCACGCCAGAUUACAUAGCCCCCGAGAUUAUAUUAUAUCAACCUUAUGGUAAAUCGGUGGAUUGGUGGGCCUAUGGCGUACUACUUUACGAAAUGUUAGUCGGCCAGCCUCCCUUUGAUGGCGAAGAUGAAGAAGAACUCUUCGCCGCCAUUACCGAUCACAGUGUUAGUUACCCAAAAAGUUUAUCCAAAGAAGCGAAAGAAAUUUGUAAAGGCUUUUUAAUGAAAAAUCCGAACAAAAGAUUAGGAAGCGGUCCCCGAGGAGAAGAAGAUAUUAGAGGGCAUGCUUUCUUCAGAAGAAUCGAUUGGGAUAAAAUCGAAAAUAGAGAAGUUCAGCCACCAUUUAAGCCAAAAAUUAAACAUCGGAAAGACGUUAGUAACUUUGAUAAGCAAUUUACAUCGGAAAAGAUCGAUUUAACGCCUACCGACAAGCUAUUCAUGAUGAAUUUAGACCAAACCGAAUUUAUGGGAUUUUCGUAUCUGAACCCGGAGUUCAUCCAACACGUGUAAUGAUUUUACAGAAGGUCAUCUUGUAUCUCUUUAUCAAAAUAUCUUUCUUCAUUGUUGGUGAAAAUAACGCUUGACUGAACGAAGCUAUAAUGUCCAACAGUAAGAUUUAUUAAUCGCCUAACACAUUAGCCCCUUUUUUUCUUCGACUGUAACGUUUCCAUUUCUAUUAUUCGAUUGUGUGCUAUAUUUUUCUACCUUUAUGUAUGUUUGUGUGCGGUUGUAUGUGUACGUGUCGAAUGAAGAUUACCCUCUAGUAAGAUCUCUUCUGUUUAAUGUUAUGUAUUUCUUAUUCUUCGUUAUUUUAAGAUCAUUUUUUUCUAAUUUAUCUAGAUUUUUUAACAGUUUUCUUCUUUUUUUUCUUUCUUUUUUUUCAUGAACGAAAAUCCAUCAUCACUUUUUCAUCCUUUUCUGAUUAUUUUACUUUUUUUUAUCGCCACAUAUGUUCGCGAAAUGAAGAAAAGCAACGUUAACAGAAUGUAAAAAAUAAUCGCGAACGGUGUGGAUUUUUUUUAACUUUCUAAAUCGGCCUAACUAACUAAAACGUUUGGAGUUCGUAUAGAUUUUUCUACGCGUGUAGUCUUCUUUGAUCUCCUUUGUAGCAUUUUCACGAACGAAUUGCCAAAGUAGAAAAUUUUAUCAAUAUCUUGGGAAAGAGUUGUUUCAAAAUGAUUAAAAAAAACAUACGUUAUAAAAUCGUAUUUUAAACAAGUUAUUUGUGUAACGUACUCUGAGGAUUUGUUCAGUAGGUAGUUUUGAUUUUCUCGAGCAGGUGUGAAGUAAUAUAGAUGAUUUCAAAAAAAAAAAAUCUAAAUGAUAUUUUAUUUUAAAAAAGACGUAAGUAUACGAUUCGUUCGUCAUGUGAUAAAUAAAUAAAAACAAAUGAUAAAUAUAUUCACAAUUGAUUAGUAAACAUUUUUAACUAUGACAAUCACCUCGUGUAUUUUAAUUUUUUACCAAUAAUUUCGAGAGUUAUUGUUAUCUAUAUCGAUUUUUUUCGACGAUAGUACACGAUUUUACGAAUUCAACGAUAUCAACGUUUAGAAUUUUUCAUUUUGGGCAUAUGAAAAUUGCUUACUAUUUAGAUUUUUUUUCAAUUACCUUUGUUUGUUUCUUUUCAAGAAUAAAGCUACAAAGGAUAACUUUUCCACUAUCAUCAUGAAUUUUAAAACUUAUUUCGAAAAGCGUUUUUGCCUAUAAUGUAAAAGAAACGGUACCUAUUAGGUUGUAGUUUUUUUCUCUUUAUAUUUCUCUUUUUGUCUCUUUCUAUCUUACUAUGUUGUAGCUUUAUUGCUCAAUUUGCAGUAUUACAUCUACUAAAGUGGAAUGUUAAACUUUAAGAAUUUUCUAUUUUUAAAAUAGAGUAAUUUUAUAGCGAAUAUUUGAUUAGUUGCGCGUUCCGAAGUAUGUUAGAAUUUCUAAAUUGGUUCUCCUAAUUUGUCCAAAAUUCAUCGAUGUGUACUUAAUAUUUAUGCGAAGAAUUGUAUACCAAUGCACUUUCUAUCGAUAUGGGUAAUUUUAUUCCAUUUCUUUACCAAUUACCUAUAUUCGAGAUAGUGAAAUUUUAAAACCAUCUCAUGCCAUGUGUAAGCUUCGCAGCCGCGAACAGUUUAAUACUGUUUUUAACGACUGUUAUUACCUACCUAUAUAUUUUAUUUAAAAAUGGGUUGUCAGUACUAAGAAGUUUAACAGGUGAAAUUCUACAGUUGUGCCGAUGAUAAAAUUAUACUAUUUACCUAUUAAGUAAAAUAGAGACUGAAAUUAAUACGUUGUUUUAUACAUUAAUCUCUAUUUUACGUUAAUUUUAGCAUCAAUACCUACGGUUGGCUAGUUGUAUAAUCUUAGUACAUAAUGUUUUACCUACCUCCUGAUGUAAUGUACUUUUUUUCUCUCUCCAAAAUCUUGCCCCGCGUUGUUAUUUAUUUUCUUAUUUACGUAUAUUACUUUAUAUAGUGUUGAUGUAGUAUUCGAUUUUGUUUUUGUUUUUUGAAUAUUUUAUUCGCUGCCGAAAUUUUACUCCCCCCCAUCAUGUGGGAUAGGUAUAAAUUUUACUCGUUUCUAAAAUGCACGACAUUUAUCUUCCCUUUCGUACAUAUCACUGAAAAAAAUAAUACUAAAUGAAUACUUAUUAUCGAUAUUUCGAUUUACCUCAUGAUGCUUUUGCUUUAGAAGAGCAAAUCAAGCGAAAUAUUCGUCGAACGAAUCGAAUCGCCCGGUAGUUGUUUUUUUUUCAAUUCAAUUGAAAUUAAUAUUACUAAGUGCAAUAGUAUUUUUAAUUUUAUUGCUAAGUUGUGAUAUAUUGUUUAAAAUGUGAUUAACAUCUGUGCGUGAGAUGAAAUUUCGUAGUCGUUUUUCUCUUUCGCUUUAUAGUUUUUAAAUUAUUCUCGAUUUUAUUAAGUAUUUUAAAUACCUCUACGCAUAUUUAGCAAAUUGAAUAGAUAUAUAUCGAGCGGAUUUUAUGAAGUUGAUUUGAUGAUGAAAAACCGAAUCGUAAAAUCGCUCAUCUCGAUUAGCUCCUUGGUUUGAUUACUCUUGAUAUCAAUGCAACGUAGAUGUAAUUUAUGUGAGGUUUGCUCCUAAUUAUCACGGUGUUCGUUCUUGGUGUAUAUGUAAAUUAAUGCAAACCGAACUAAGUAUUACUUUUUACUUAAAAAAUUUGCUAAAUAUACUGAAAUUUUGAAAGACGAAGAAAAAAAUCUUGCUCAUUUUUGCUAAACGUAUCGAGGCGGUUUAAAAAUAUUUUAAAAAAGAAAAGAAAAAAAUAUAUAUUUACCUCUCUACCCCGAACUGCCUGCGAUACGGCUUUUAGAACAAUUUGUGUUUUAAUUUUUAAAAUAUUUGAUUCAUUUUGACUAUCAUUCUUUUAAAUUUAUUUUGUAAAAUUCGAUGAUCAAACUAUACCUAGAAUAGUAAUAAUUUUAUCUUGCAAUUUUUCUAUUCGUUUUAUUCUUUACAUUCAAAUAUGAUUUGUUAUUGUAAUAUUUAUUAGCUUACUUAUUUUAUCGUUACCUCUUAUGUUUUUUUUCCUUUUUUUGUUUAUAUAAUAAAAACCAUUUCCCUCCA